AAACCCCCCUUUAUUCGAUUCCAGAUCACCCCUUUAAACAAUGUAGAGCAAAGACAAUAUCAUUUCACCCUCUUUCCCUUUCCUUCCUCUUCUUCCCUCUUCUCCUCCCUUGAUUUACGAGAAUUCAAUCUGAAUAAUCCCUAAUUCACUCUCAGAUUAUUUCUCCAGAUGUAUUCAGAUAGAUAUAGUCGUAUAGAGAUAGAAUCACACACUCUUUAAGUACUAGAAGUGUGACUACCACUACUAUUUCUACUUGCUUACGUCUCUUUCAUCAUCCAUUUUUCACUCUUAAUAUAUGGCAAUUCCUUCUUCUUCUUCCUCCUUAUUCAAUUUUGUCUCUCUCCAUUAGUACCCAUCAAUUUAUUCUUUCUGGGUUUUUAAUUUCUAUCUGGGUUUUUUCAGAUUGUUUUUAGUUUAAUAUCCAAUCCAACGAUUUUUUCUUUCUUGGUUUUUAUUUUUUCUAUCUGGGUAUUUUCAGAUUGUUUUCAGUUUGCUUUGAUGGUGGGUAAUCAUCCAAGAACCAUGUCUGAUGAAAUUCUCGAAUGUAUAUUGCCCUAUAUUCAAGAUCCUAGAGAUAGAUCUUCCAUUUCAUCUGUUUGUAGACGAUGGUAUGAAUUAGAUCGAUUCACAAGACGGCAUGUAACCAUUGCCCUUUGUUAUACUACUACACCUCAAAGACUCCAUGAUCGAUUUCCAAACAUUGAGUCUUUGAAACUUAAAGGGAAACCUAGAGCUGCUAUGUUUAAUUUGAUUCCUGAAGAUUGGGGUGGGUAUGUAAGACCUUGGGUUGAAAUGUUAGCGAGUUUUCCUCGUCUUAAUUCGCUUCAUUUUCGACGAAUGAUUGUUACAGAUGCAGAUCUGGAGAUUAUUGCUAAUACUCAAGGUCGUUUGUUACAAUCUCUGAAGCUGGAUAAGUGCUCGGGUUUUUCUACGGAUGGUCUUUUGCAUAUUACUCGCUCUUGCAAGAAUCUGAAAACUCUGUUUUUGGAAGAUAGCAGUAUUACUGAUAAUAGUGGUGAAUGGUUUCAGCAGCUGGCACAACACAACAAGGUUCUUGAAACUUUGAAUUUCUAUAUGACUUUCAUAGAGCAAAUCAGAGUUGAAGAUCUUGAACUUCUUGCCAGAAAUUGUCCUCUAGUCUCUGUGAAAAUUGGUGACACCGAUCUUGUCAAUCUUGGAAAGUUCUUUCGUUUGACAACAAGAUUGCAAGAGUUUUCCGGGGGUUCUUAUAACGAAGACUUGGAUCAAUAUUGUGGUAUCGUAUUUCCACCUCAAUUGACGUCCUUGGGACCCAUGUACUUAACGGAUAGUCAUUUGCCAGUACUAUUUCCGGUUGCCAACUCGUUACUGAGGUUGGAUCUAGUUUAUGCUUCACUUAAUUGUGUGGGACACUGCGAACUCAUACGUAGAUGCAAAAAUUUAGAAGUUUUGGAGACAACAAAUAUUAUUGGAGAUCAGGGAUUGGAGGUUGUAUCUUCGACGUGCAAGAAAUUGAAGAGACUUCGUAUAGAACGAGGGGCAGAUGAACUAGCUUUAGGCGUCGAUCCAGGUGUGGUUACGCAGACUGGCUUAAUUGCUGUAGCACAAGGCUGUCCGGACUUAGAAUACCUUGCUGUUUAUGUGACCGAUAUAACAAAUGAAGCCUUGGAAUAUGUAGGAGCUAACUUGAAAAAUCUAAAUGAUUUCCGACUUGUGUUACUUGACAGAGAAGAACAAAUCACCGAUUUGCCACUCGAUAAUGGAGUUAGAGCUCUUUUACAAGGUUGUCAGAAAAUGCAACGAUUUGCCUUGUAUGUCAGACAUGGAGGGUUGACGAACAUCGGCCUCAAAUACAUCGGCCAGUACAGUCGCAACGUAAGGUGGAUGCUUUUAGGUCUUGUGGGAGAAACCGAUGAAGGACUUGAAGAACUUUCCAAGGGUUGCCCCAACCUUGAAAAACUCGAGAUGAGGGCUUGUUGCUUCAGCGAAAGUGCACUGGCGAAUGCAGCUAAGAAACUGACAUCCCUUCGAUACAUGUGGGUCCAAGGAUACCGAGCAUCGCAAAUUGCCGAUAUCCUACAAAUGGCUCGACCAUAUUGGAAUAUCGAGGUGAUUCCUGGUGACCAAUAUGAUUAUAACGAAAAUAAUGAUGGCCAGCCUAUUAGGAUUGAUCAUCCAUCCCACAUCAUUGCGUAUUACUCCCUUGCCGGUCAGAGAGCAGAUAAUCCACCGAGCGUUUACACUUUAGCCGUGCCAGAGCAAUAGAGUAUGUAUAUAAGUCCGUUUUUGGCGAUCUGCUCUUACACACUGCUCCGUAUCUUGUUCAUACAGUUUUGAUAUCUGCUAUUUAGAUCUCGUUUUGUUCGUUGAGACCAGUGUAACAUAAUUUGCUGAUUAAUUUGCUUUUUGAAUUCGCGAUUCGAUUAAAUUUGUCCAAAAACAGCCCAAAACAGACCGUAAUUCGCUUUUUUCGAUUCAUGGGGAGAUUAGCGAAUUAUGGGACACUAGUUGAGACAGCAACCUAUCGUUUACCUUUUUAUUGUUUCUGUGUUGUAUUCUUGUUGUCUUAGAAUCUCAUACAUUUUAUGUAUCCAUUUUCGGGUUUGGCAAUU